AUGCCAUCGUCGUCAUCAUCUUCCUCGGCAUCAUCUGCAGCUUCAGCUGCACCUACAUCUGCAACUCCACAGGCCAACGCUUUUGUCAAAUCGACUCGUACAGCAAAGGAGAAUGCCAAGAGACAGAUAGAGCAAAGAUCAAAACAACGUAAACAGCGACAAAAGCCUGCAAAGGAUGUCUUCAUCCCAGAUGCGAUCACUGUUUCGAACUUGGCAGGGCUAUUGGGAGCAAGGAUCGGGCAUUUUGAGAAUACCAUGAAGGCCUUGGGCAUGGAGAUCAUUCGUCAUGACCAUAUCUUAACAUCUGAGGAGGCUUCCCUUUUGGCAUUGGAGUACAAUGUCAACCCUAUUGUUGGAACAACUGAAAAAUUAUUCGAUUUGAGCCCACAACCAGAGCCCGAGGAUAUGUCCAUCUAUCCAUUGCGUCCACCUGUUGUGACUAUCAUGGGUCAUGUAGACCACGGUAAAACUACAUUACUGGACUCGCUCCGCAAGACAUCGGUUGCGGCGGGAGAGGCCGGAGGUAUUACUCAACACAUUGGAGCCUUCUCUGUACUGUUGCCUUCGAAACAACGGAUAACCUUCCUCGACACUCCUGGACACGCAGCCUUCUCGGCGAUGCGUGCGCGUGGCGCCCAUACGACCGAUAUUGUUGUGCUUGUGGUGGCAGCAGAGGACGGAGUGAUGCCUCAGACGGCAGAAGCCAUUAAGCACGCAGAAGAGGCCGGUGUACCGAUUAUUAUAGCGAUCAACAAGUGUGACAAGUAUGGUGCAGAACCCGACAAGGCUAAGCAGGCUUUACUUAAAUAUGGUAUCACUGUCGAGGACCUUGGGGGUGAAACCCAGUGCGUGGAGGUAUCUGGUUUGACAGGCAAGAACCUUGACAAGUUGGAGGAAGCUAUUCUGACAUUAGCCGAGGUCUUGGAUCUGAGGGCUGAGGUUGAUAUCCGGGGCGAGGGCCAUGUGAUUGAAUCACAGAUCGAGAAGGGCCGUGGUAAUGUGGCAACAGUAUUGGUGAAGCGUGGAACGCUCCGGGUUGGGGAUAUGAUUGUGGCGGGUGAUACGUGGUGCAAAGUAAAGGCAUUGGUCGAUGACACGGGUAAGAACGUGAAGGAGGCACCACCUGGUACUCCGGUCAAGGAACAGGCCAAGUUAGUGGUCACGAACAGAGCUCUCAAGAAGGAGAGGCAAGAGCAACUAAAGAGUUUGGUUGCAAUUAAUGAAAAGCGUCGCCUUGUUGCAGAGGAGGAAGAUGAGGAAAAGGCAGCGCUGCGUGAAUACAAGCGUAAUGCAUGGCUCUUCCAUCAGGGAGCGCUUGAUUCACAUCCGGAGGCGCCUCAGGCCAAGAGACUGCUUUCGGUUGCAGCCAUGGCAGCGAAGGAGGAGGAAGAGAGUGAGGUCAAGAACUUGAGGAUGGUGGUCAAGGGCGAUGUGAGCGGUACAGUAGAGGCAGUUUGUGAUGUGCUAUCUGGUCUACCAGACAAUCAAGUCAAGGUCAGUGUCAUCCAGAAUGGUGUAGGAAACAUUACGGAAAGCGAUAUUCAAUUUGCAUCUUCCUGUGGCGCCAUGAUUUUGGGAUUCAAUGUCAAGGCAGAUAAGAAGCUGAUACAAACAGCGCGUCAGAUGGGGGUCAAGAUCAAGUCUUAUAAUGUGAUCUAUAAACUUUUGGAUGAUGUGAAGGUGGAGAUGGCGACAUUGUUGCCUAAGGAUAUUGAGGUGCAGGUCGUGGGAGAGGCCAAGGUUGCACAAAUCUUCCCGAUCAAACUCAAAGGAGGACAGACCCAGAAUGUGGCGGGAUGUCGUAUUACGAAUGGAGGGGUGAAUAGGAAAGAGGACGUACGUAUUGUUCGUGAUGGAGAAGUUAUCUGGGAUGGACGACUGUCGACGUUGAAGAGGGUGAAGGAAGAUAUCCAAGAGGCCAAGAAGGGUACGGAGUGUGGCAUGGAGUUUGAUGGAUUCCAAGACUUUAAGGAAGGAGAUGUGAUCCAGAGCAUCAAGAAGAUUGAAGUUUUGAGGAAGUUGUAA